AUGCAAAUACCCGAAAACAUCUUGUCCCUACUAGCCCUCGUCACCCUGACAGGCGCAUCCCCAAUCAAAACGACGGAGAAAUUUCAAUGGUCCUCCAAAAAAGGGCUAAUUGCCUUCGGAGACUCAUACACCUACGUUCAAGGAAUCCACGGACACCAGAACUACAGCUUCAUAGGCGACGCACUCAACCUUGCAUUCGAUGAAGAGACCCUGCUCUCCAACAUGAUCGUUCAAAACCAAACUGCAACCGCAGAAGGGGGUCCGAACUGGUUAGAGUACCUCACCAACUGCGGCGUCCAAGCAGGCCUCACCUCUCCACGAACCUGCAAAAAGCAGCUUUGGGAUUUUGCCUUUGCACGGAAUCAACAGCACCCCCUCCACCACAACUUCACCGUCUCCCUCGUCAACCAAACCCUUCAAUUCAAACAAUACGCCUACACCCCCCUAAAAAAGUUCCUCAAACCCAAAGACAGCCUCAUCGCAAUCUGGAUCGGAAUAAACGAUAUAAACGACAGCUCCCAAUACGCCGUCGACUUCCCAACUUUCUACAAGAACCUCACGCAAACACUCUUCACCUCUGUCAACGAGCUCUACACCCUCGGUUACAAAUCAUACCUCUUAAUAAACCUCCCGCCCUUAGAUAAAACACCAGGAAACCAAGCCUCGAGCACGCCGCACCCGAACGCGACGCAGGUAGGAUGGUACAAUGCCGCGCUGUCCGAGCAGGCGAGUGCUUUCCAGCGAGAGAAGAGCGAUGUCGAGGUGAGGGUGUUUGAUGCGCAUACGCAGCUGUCCGCGAUGCUUGAUGAUCCUCCACGGUAUGGGCUGAUGAAUACGACGAAUUUCUGCGCUGGGUAUGAUCAGCCUGAUAUUGAUGUGAAUUAUUUGAAGUAUGGGUGUCCGACGCCGUUGGAUACGUAUUUUUGGUUUAAUUCGGGACAUUUAACUAGCCAUGUUCAUCAGAUUCUGGCAGGGCAGUUGGAGGCCUGGUUGCAGGGGUAG